UCCUGUCUCUUUUUUUUUAAUUAUUAUUCUUUAGGUUUUUAAGUUUGAGAACAGCACUGAAGAGGUUUUUUAUAUAAACUAUUAUUUUAUUAAUGUAGGUGUUUUGCCUUCGUGUAUGUCUGUGCAUCACACAUGUCUUGUGCCCACAGAGGCCAGACGAGAGAGCUCCAGAUCACCUGAAAGGAGUUGCUGUGAGCCUGGUGUGGGUGCUGGGAAUCAAACCCAGGCCCUCUGCUCCUUGCCGCUGAGCCAGCUCCCCAGCCCCACACUUAAAGUUCUAAAAUAUAUAAAGCUGUUAAAACACCCGACUUCAUUGCAGGAGGCUUUGUCACUUGUCUGUUAAGAGGGCCCUAGUUCUCUGUCAGCGACAGCUUCAUUUCAUAUCAGAGACACGUAGUUCUUUUUCAUCAAGAAAGUCUUCAAAUAUGAUUUUUUUUUAUAAAGCAUUGUUUGUGCACCAAAACCUGCUCUGCCAUUCUGUCCCAGCCUAAGGUGAAGACUAAAAUACCAUCCAGGCAAUGGUGGCGCACACGUUUAAUUCCAGCACUAGAAAGGCAGAGGCAGGCGAAUCUCUGUGAGUUCAAGGCCAGCCUGGUCUACAAAGCUACACAAAGAAACCCUGUCUCAAAAAAACAAAACAAAAGACUAAGAUAGCAUGCCGGAGGAAUGGUUGGACUCAGCUAAUGUUAACAGUUAUUAUCAGAGAGAAGAUUCAAAACAGCCUUCUUCUUGGGAGAAAAACAACCACCCCACCCCUUUUCCUCCAGACACACUCAGGGAUCCCUGCUACCCAAACUGAGCUAAAUCAUAAUAUGCAGUGGGUCACAUCUAUUUUCUUAUACCAUGUUUCAGCCAUGGCGGCUAAGGAUUGCCCAUCACUGUGGAGCUUUGGAACAACAAAGACGUUCAAAAUUCCCGUGGAGCAUUUGGAUUUCAAGUAUAUUGAAAAAUGUUCAGACGUGAAACACCUGGAAAAAAUUCUCUGCGUGCUGAGGUCCGGUGAAGAGGGCUAUUAUCCUGAACUCACAGAGUUUUGUGAAAAGCGCCUCAUGGGCUUGGCUCCUGGAAGUCGAGCUCUGAGGAAAGAUAAGCCCGCUGCAACGGCGUCCAGCUUCACAGCGGAGGAAUGGGAAAAAAUCGACAGUGACUUAAAGACUUGGGUGUCAGAAAUCAAAAGAGAGGAGAAUAGGAGGUAUUUCCAUGACCCCGAAACAUAUCAAGAAGUGGAAGAUCACCUGCCUCCUGUUCGAGGCUCAGACGACAGUGCUCACAGGGGCAAGGAAACCUACUCUAAAAACAAGCCAGCUAAGAAGAAAGUCCCAAGGGAUUAUGCUGAGUGGGAUAAAUUUGAUGUGGAAAAAGAAUGUUCAAAAAUUGACGAAGACUACAAAGAAAAGAUGAUAGUAGACAACAAGGCUCAUUUGUCUAAAAUUGAGACAAAAAUAGACACAGCAGGUCUCACUGAGAAGGAGAAGAGCUUUCUUGCCGAUCGUGAAAAGGGGAAGGGAAACGAGGCUUUCCACGCAGGGGAUUACGAAGAGGCCAUCAUGUAUUACACCAGGCAAGUCGGUUUUCACCUCACUGUGGCCCCGGGCGAUGGCUCAGCGGCUAAGAGCACUGGCUGCUCUUCCAGAGGACCCAGGUUCAAUUCCCACCACCCACAGGGCCGCUAGCAACCUGUUGUAACUCCAG